ACGGAAACCCCUACGCAGCAGAGAUCUAGAAGACACAGUUCCUCAUCGAAAGAAGACAGUCCGCCGUGGCGUUCAGCGACCCCCACCGGCCGACCCUGCCGGCCACUGCGCGCUCAGAUGCAAAUUCUCCACUCCGUUCUUUCUCUUCUACGGCGACCUGGCGUUUCUACCUCUCCUGCUCUCCUCUAUCCCAUGGCGUCUCCUCCGUGUCACUGGUGGCCACCGGCGCUCUCGCGACGAGUUUUCCGACUCAUGGUGGCUCCCAAUUCACCUGCACGUGGUAUUUCCCGAUUUCCUCAUGGUUCUCGGAACAUGGCCAUUACCUGUGGAGAAAAAGCUAAUGAGCCAGACAGGAGAUUUCUCGCCUCUUGUACCAGCAAAAGUUCUGCUAUCACCCAAGGCAUCAUAGAGACGAGGGGCACACCCAAUCAGUUCAUUGCUCGUUAUGGCGAUAGCCGUCUUGCCAAUGGUGAAUAUGAGAGGAGGACCGACAUGGUUGCAAUUAAUGGGGACGAAGAUGAUUGUAGAACUACCUUUGAGGUUAUAGAUGUUAUAGCGGGCAAACACGAUGCGCGUGGAAACAUUGUGGACACCUCUGGGUGUGAGGAAGACAGGAGCGCAACCAUGGGCCACACAGGGGAAGCUUUCGUCAGUGACGAUGACAAAGAAGAUGUGAUCACGAAUACAAAGAUGAAUGAGAGUUCUGAUGCACCGAUGUAUCCUCGUUACCAUGUCGACGAUGUAAUUCCUAUGGAUAUACUUCCGGAAAGUAGGCACCGUGAUGGUUCUAUAUACAGGGCCACUCAUAUGUGGAAAAAAAACUACAAUAUUGCUGACCGUACUGAAACUCGGUUCGAGGCAACGAUGUUAUCAGAUGCCACAAAUUGCAUCAUCCGUGAUGGAAUUUGUGUGAUGCAUCCACCUUGUUGUAUGUUGCAGGUUUUUUCAUUAAAGUUGGCUAAACUUUAUGUGGAUGGUGGCUCAGUAGAGUUGUAUGGAUACGUAGCAGCACGGGAUGGUUUGGAUCCAUUGCUUAAUUAUAUUGUCAAUGUUAGCAGGGACGAUCCCAUCGUCGUGGAGCAGGGUUCUCUGAUCAACAUGGCUGGCCCUAAGCGAGGGAUAGACUUGUGUGGCUCUACUCUAAUCGAAUUCGACAUGAGGAUCAAGACAGGUGAACAGGAAAAGGAUGAUUUACAACUGAUCGAUGGUGUAUCAGACAUAGACGGAGUGGCCUUAUGGGAUCGUUGCACAUUCACAAAUCGCAUCCAUGGCGAUUAUGGCGCAGUUGACUUAACUGCAUCAUGUCUUGAACAAGCAGUUGAGGCGUCUGUAGAAGUUGUCAUUUCAGAAGUGCAUAGCAGUUUUAAUUUGUGUCUAAUUUGUUUUAUCCGUGGGUUGAAUGAGGAACUCAAACUCUUUGAUGGUGGUAUUGGUGAGCCACGCGGCUUGAAUAGGUCUGUGGUUGCUGUGAUGGAGGAUUCUUGGAUGGAUUUGAAGUUCAAGGUAGGCGCGGAGUCAUCCAGUUCAGCUGAACAUUGUUGCUCCUUCAAAGCGAACAACCAUGGUCGUGCUACUCAAGAGAUAAAGACUGGUUUUGGGUUGAUCUCAGUGAAGGUGACCUGGUCCACUUUGAAUCUUUGAUUGGUCGGUAGCAGGCUUAUUUCAGUGCAUUCCAACCUUCGCAGGGAAGUUAUGUCUGUGACUCCGCUAAGACAUCCAGGUUAGCAGUUUAUGAGUCCUGAACUAGUGAACUUGUGGUUGAUCUUGUACAUACACUACGUUUCAGGUAACUAAAGCUGCCUUCAGCAA